AUGGACGCUGAAUCCGCCACCGACACGGCGAGGCCCACACCUCCGCCGCCGCUUCCCGACGAAGAAUCCCACCUGCGCGCGCGCAUCUCGGACGCUCGGUUCUGGGUCGAGUUCUCUCUCUUCGACGACGGGCUCGACGCCGCCCGCGCCGCUGCCCUCGUCCCGCUCACUCUGCCGCGCUUCCACCGUUUCCCGGACCUGCCCCCGGAGAUCCGCCUCAAAAUUUGGUCCUACCUCGUGGUGCCCCGCGUCGUGACCGCCUGCUGCUUCGAGCGCGACGACCGCCUGCCCGCUCAGCGCGAGGCCUUUGCCCGCCGCUCUGUCCCCGCGCCGCUUGGGUCGUCGUCUUCGUCACCGUCGUGCACUCCCGAAGAGCCUGCCACCACCACCACCACCGUAUUCAACCCGACGUGCCCCGCGAUCCUCCUCGUCUGUCGUGAAUCCCGCGCCCUGGGCCUCGAGCACUACGAGCUCUCCUUCGGCUGGAAGAUCUCGGCCCUCCUCUCCGACACCCCCAUCGCCCGCCCGCCUCGCGCCUGGUUCAACUUCCGCCUGGACGCGCUCUACCUCGCUGGCGAGCUCGAGGCCUACGACCAGUACGGCUUCAAUAGCCCCGUGGUCUACUUUCUGCGUCGUUGCGACGCCGCCCGCGUCCGCCACGUCGCCUGCUCCUUCGAGGCGCUGCACUACUCAGAGCAAGGGUCCGACCAGGUCUUCGGGUGCCUGUGGCACAUCGUCGACCGCUUCUCCGCCGCCCGCCGGCUCGCCGUCGCCAUCACCCCGCGCGACGAGGAGGGCAUGAAAGGCUGUCUCGUGCUGGGCGCCGACGACAACAUCAUGCACAAGAUCUGGAACGGCUGGGUCCUCGGUACGACCGUGACGAGCUCCAGUCUUGCGGACACGCAGAUCUUUCUGGUGCGGGAGGCGGAUCUGGCCGACGUCAUGGCGUCCCAUGCUGCCGAGGAGGAUGAGGGGAAGAGGGGGACAAGGAGGACCACGGCGUGA